AGCUGACACCUCACAACCAUGACGACAAACCCAAGUUAUGGCAUCGAUACACCAGGCAGUCAAGUGUCGAACGACUUCUCGAGUAGUAUCAAGAACAAAAUUGUACUCAUCACUGGCGUGUCACCAAAGUCCAUUGGGCAAAAGCUAGCCAUCAAUAUAUCGCAGCACAGACCUGAAUGCAUCAUUCUGGCCUCACGUACCUCUUCUAAGCUUGAUACUGUCGCGACCAAGAUCAGAGAGCUGUAUCCAGAUGUAGCAGUAAGCACCGUCAUUCUGGAUCUCUCAUCUCAAGCUUCCGUUAGGAGAGCGGCGGAUGAGAUCUCUAAACUGGUUGACCGCAUCGACAUUCUCAUCAACAAUGCUGCUGUCGUGGAUUCUGAGCUGGGCUAUACCAAAGAGGGUAUUGAGAUGCAAUUCGGCGUUGGUCAUGUUGGACACUUUCUCUUCACCACUCUUUUACUUCCUUUGCUCGAGGCCUCUGCCAAAGACUCACAAGGAGCUACACGAGUCAUCAAUGUUUCUUCUGAAGGUCAUCGGAUUGGUCCUGUCCGCCUCCACGACUACAAUUUCGAGGGCAAGGAAGUUCCUGAAGAAGAAUUAUCGCCUAGAAAGGAGGCUCGAAUGAAGGAUGGCCAGAAAUACUCUGUAUGGGUGGCUUAUGGUCAGACCAAAUCAGCAAACAUCCUGUUCUCGUUGGCGUUGAACGAUAGACUCGGCACGAAAGGUAUCCGCAGUUAUGCCGUGCAUCCCGGAGCCAUACAGACUGACCUAUCUCGGUCUCUUUCACCUGGAGAUGCCAAGUUCCUCGAGAAGAUCGUCGACGGAAAUUGGAUCACCCUUGAUCAAGGAACCUCGACUAUUCUUGUUGCUGCCCUUGAUCCGGCACUCGGCAAAUCACAGAGGAGUGUUUACAUGAGCAAUUGCCAGUUUGCUGAAGCUGCACCUUAUACGCACGAUCUGGUAAUCGCGAACAGAUUGUGGGACUUGAGCGAGAAGUUGACUUCGAGAGAGACUGCAAACCUGUAAGCGCACUACCAACUAUCGUUAAAAGAUGAUGAUGAUUGUCGAAGGCCUCCCAGGAGAACAUGGUUUGCUUAAAGUAAGCUUGCCCUUAGCUUAAAUAUAGAGUUGCCGGCGUCGGUCCCCCGGCACGCUAGCUCUUCGGCUACCGUUGCCGUAAGCUAAGAGGGCUUCUUUAAGCGACCCCGGGUGAUCCUCCUGCCAGAUAAAGAUUAGUACUCUGAUACUGAUAUCCCCUUUUACAAUGCGUAUGAUCAAGUGUUCCAGC